AUGCAUUAAAGUUUACCCUAGAAGGAUAUAUAAAAAUAGUUAUACAACAAUCACAUGUAGACUAAAAUAUAGUCGAAGUAAAUGUCAUUGAUACGGGAGUAGGAAUUCCUUACGAUAUUUAAUAUAAUAUAAUAUAAUUAGGUUAAGAUAUUACAAAUUAAUUUAAAUUAAACAAAAAGCAUGGAGCAGGUAUAGGACUUAAUAUUUGUUAAUGCUUAAUAUUUAAAAUAGGCCCUUAUCCGAAAUUAUUCAUAUAAUCGACUGAGAAUUAAGGGACUAAAAUAUCCUUUUAUAUAUAUAAAAACAUAUACAGAAAAAGAUAAACGAAUUAUUAAUUUAACUUAAAUGCUAUUUAAUAAUAAAUAAGAUUUCGUUUUAGCUCUUUAAUAAAUAACAAUAAAUGUUUUAACUCUUAAUUUCCCAUGA